AGCGGGAUUGGCCGACAGUUGGAAAGCCCGCGAAACGCUCCUUCCGGCUGCGAGGCCCGUUGUGACAUGAGGAAAGGGAGGGGCUCCCCUGCUGGGCUCCGCCUUCUUUUCGUGCCAGUUUCUAAUCUCGCAGCUUUUCUACUGGAACCUCCGCCUUCUCUGUUCAAGGGGUAUUCCUUCGCCUUGCCCCUCUGUGUUUCUGUCUCCUCAGACCGGUUCGCGGCCUACAGGCUUCCUUCCUCAAUUCCUGACUCCUUCGCUGGGUUCCACUUUUUAGCCCCCGCCUUUCCGGAGCCCUCGAGGUCCUUCCUCCCUGCUCCCUCCGAGCGGAUGCGGGAGCCCUAGCCGCGAACUUGCGCUUCCCCGGCCGCCCUGGACUACAUUUCCCAGCGAGCCCGGCGGCCGGCGUCUCGGCUGCGGUCAGGUGACUGGGUCGCCUGACCUGAGGAUUGCAGUGGGUUCGCCUGGAGGAGAGCUGAGUGACUGCCCUGGGCUACUGCUGACCUCCAGCAGAGUUGAGCCAAAAUGUCCCCGGAAUCGAAAAAGCUUUUCAACAUCAUUAUUUUAGGAAUUGCCUUUAUGUUUAUCUUCACCGCCUUUCAAACUUGUGGAAAUGUAGCGCAAACUGUCAUCAGGAGCCUAAAUAGUACAGAUUUUCACGGCAGUGGAUAUACCAGCAUGGCAAUUAUUUACGGAGUGUUCUCUGCUUCAAAUUUGAUUACACCAUCAGUGGUUGCCAUUGUAGGACCUCAACUUUCUAUGUUUGCUAGUGGUUUAUUUUACAGCAUGUACAUUGCCGUUUUUAUCCAGCCUUUCCCGUGGUCCUUCUACACAGCCUCUGUUUUCAUUGGAAUUGCUGCUGCUGUACUUUGGACAGCACAAGGAAACUGCCUGACGAUAAAUUCAGAUGAGCACACUAUUGGGAGAAACAGUGGAAUUUUCUGGGCACUCUUACAAUUUAGCUUGUUCUUUGGAAAUCUCUACAUAUAUUUUGCUUGGCAAGGGAAAACUCAGAUAUCAGAGAGUGACCGAAGAACAGUGUUUAUCGCCCUAACGGUGAUUAGCCUUGUGGGAACAGUACUUUUCUUUCUCAUUCGGAAACCAGAUUCUGAAAAUGUCCUGGGAGAAGAUGAAUCUUCUGAUGACCAGGACUUGGACAUCAACGAGUCUCCCCAGAGCAACAUGACAAAGGCAGUAGAUGCAUUUAAAAAGUCUCUGAAGUUAUGUGUCACCAAGGAGAUGCUCCUUCUUAGCGUUACAACUGCUUAUACAGGUCUGGAACUGACUUUCUUCUCUGGUGUAUAUGGAACCUGUAUUGGCGCUAUAAAUAAAUUUGGAACAGAAGAGAAAAGCCUCAUUGGACUUUCUGGCAUUUUCAUCGGCAUUGGAGAAAUUCUAGGUGGAAGCCUCUUUGGCCUGCUGAGCAAGAAUAAUCGUUUUGGUAGGAAUCCAGUUGUGCUGUUGGGCAUCCUGGUGCAUUUUGUAGCUUUUUAUUUAAUAUUCCUCAACAUGCCUGGGGAUGCCCCCAUUGCUCCUGUUGAAGGCACUGACAGCAGCGCUUACAUCACACCCAGCAAAGAAAUUGCCAUCUUCUGCAGCUUCCUGUUGGGUCUUGGAGACAGCUGCUUCAAUACCCAGCUGCUUAGUAUUUUAGGUUUUCUCUAUUCUGAAGACAGCGCCCCGGCUUUUGCCGUCUUUAAAUUUGUGCAGUCCAUUUGCGCAGCCGUGGCAUUUUUCUACAGUAACUACCUUCUCCUUCAUUGGCAACUCCUGGUCAUGGUGAUAUUUGGGUUUUUUGGAACUGUCUCCUUCUUCACUGUGGAGUGGGAAGCUGCUGCCAUUGUAGCCCGGGGCUCUGACUACCGAAGUAUUUGAAGAAGGGUGCCAGUGAGAGGAGGCCGCUUCUUCAGACCCUCGGCUGAGCGGCAGGGCCGGGCAGAGGAGGCCGCUCUCAUCUUCACCAUACCUUGGAGGCUGUUAGGAUGGAAACUCCGAGAUCUAAGACUGCUAAAUCUGCCAGAGUUGGUAUUCAGGUUUACAAAUAUUGUUUAAAAAGUAGUGAAAUAAGGGAACUUGUCCUGUCAGUCAUGAUGUUCGAAGAUGUUGUUUUUCAGUUCAUCUGUCUCACGUUCCUUAUGAUCAUGUUGUAAAUGUAAAUGUUUUCUUCUGCCCCCUGUUCUCGUUGAGAGAUCAUGCUUUGAUUGAAACUAUUAGGCCAUAUGUGUAUGAAGACUCGUAUGUCAUGUGAAGACUCCUAGGUGUGUGGCUGUGUGUUACUAUGUAGUAACAGGGAGCAUGUGCCACCCCAUGUGUGUCUGGGAAUGAUGUCUAAGUAAAUCAUGUAACACUGAAAUGGAAUCUUUGAAAAGAUUUGCACAUUUUUGAUAGUUUUUCUUGUAGUUCAUAGCAAGAGGGGUACUAAUCAAGUAUUAUGAAAUGAGGUAAAAAUUGUCUUAAGUUUUAAAAAUAGGGAUCUUACAUUUGUAAAUGAACAGAAACACACUUAAGAAAAAAAUACACAUUUAUUGAUGGAGGCUUUUGCUAGUAAUUUUUCUAGAGGAUGCAGUGCAUAAAAAACAAACAAACCCAGAACACGUGGUGAAGUCUAAGCUGUGGCGGCAGGCUGUUGUCACUAAGAAACACCAUUCCAUAUGCAUGUCUGGGAAUGGAGUCUUAACUGUUUGGGGGAGAUGUUUAGAAUGGAAAUGUUAACUUUAAUCCAUAAGAGCUUUAAACAGUUAUUUUAAUUGAGAUAUAAUUCAGAAAUCAUAAAAUUCAUCAUUGUAAAGUAUACAGUUCAGUGGCAUUUCAGUACAUGCACAAGAUUAUAUAGCUAUCACUACUGUCUUUUCCAGAACGUUUUCAUCACCCCGAAAGAACCUCCCAUGCCUACUAGUAGUCAUUCCCCAUUCUCUUGCCUGGCACCGGUGGUCAGUAAUCCGUUUCCUGUCUCUGUGGAUUUGCUUCUUCUGGAUAUUCCCUAUCGAUGGGAAAGCUCACUUUUAAAAUUGAAAAUUAACUGAACAAAUCAAGAGUUUUAUGGCAAAGUAGAUUUAAUCAAGAAGACAAACAAUAUUUUGCUUUCCAUUAUUUUUUAAAACCUGCUUAGAAAUUUAAGGAGUGUGAGUUUUAGACUUGAUGGCAAUUGCAGGGAAUUGUGGUUAGCUGGAACCCUUAGAGAAAUUGCAUUUGUAUGGAACACUAAACUCUUCUGCUCCAAGUUGUAAAACUGUGGUUUUCUUUCUUGAAGUUGAGAUAAACUCAGUUGAUAGUUGAUUUUAUAUAAAUUGUAAAUGCUGUUUCAGAACUAAUGCAAAUGAAUUUAUUAUCUCUUUAAGCACAUUAUUGUCUACUCAGAUGUAUUUGUUUUCUAUCACUGUAUUACAGAUUACUCCAAAACUUAGCCAUUUCCCUGGUGGUUCAGAUAGUAAAGAAUCUGCCUGUAGUGCAGGAGACCUGCGUUUGAUCCCUGCGUCGGGAAGAUCUCCUGGAGAAGGGAAUGGCUACCCACUCCAGUAUUGUUACUUGGGAGAAUUCCAUGGACAGGAGCCUGGCAGGCUAUAGUCCAUGGGGUCACAAAGUCAGACGUGACUGAGCAACUAACAGUUUUUUUCACUAAGCACAUUAUUGUUUACCCAGAUGUAUUUGUUUGCUAUCUCCGAAUGACAUAUUACCCCAAAACUCAACCACUUAAGACCUACGUAUUCUCUCAUAGUUUCUGCGGGGCUAAGUCUUGGCAUGGCUGAACCAGGCCCUCCAGCCAGCUCAGGGUCUGUCACAAGGCUGCAGCCAAGGUGUGACCCGGAGGAGGACCUGCUUCUCUCAGCUUAGUCUCAUCCUUGGCAGGAGUCGGUUCCUCACAGGCUGUUGGACUGAGAGUCUUAGUUUCUCACGGCUGUCCUCAUCAAAGAAAGCAAGUGAGAAAAGCCAGAGGGAAGUGCCAGCAAGUCAUAAGUCACCGUUUUUUAUCGGUUAAUCUUGAAAGUGACAUCUCAUCACUUUUGCUGUAUUCUCUUUACUAGAUUCAAGUUACUAGUUACCGGCCACACUCACGGAAGGGGGUGGGGGUUACACCAGGGAGUGACUAGAACCAGGAUCCCCAGGACUGUCUCGCAAGGCUGCCUGUCUCACGUUCAGCUGGGAACUGGGCCCUGCAUUCCCGUGUUCCUCACUCUGCCAGGCUCGGGCUCCCUUUGCUUAUGAUAGGUCUGUAGAAUUAGGUUGCAGAGGUUCAGUAGCCUCUGUUAAUACUACUGAGUGCAUUCUCCCAGGGCAGCCACAGCCUCUUAUCACGACUGGUAGGAUUCCUGGUAACUGCUUUCACAAGGGAAAAGAGAGUGAGGGGAGUGUGUCAGGAACACGACUUCUGGGCUGCCUCCCUCCUGUUGUUAUGUGUGAUGUUCUUCACCUUAAGUUCUGUACUCACAUUUUGUGUUUGGGUGGGUUUCGUUUUGUUUUUUUACUCAGUCUUUAUGUCUAUAAAUAGUGUUGGCCUUGGUGGGCUCUUUAUUUGACUGAUAACAGCUCGUUUGAAUUUGUAUCAUUAUUUGAAUUUGAAAUGUGGUAUGAAAUAAAGAAUUUAAUUUUUA